AGGGUACGAUCAGAAGUGAUACAACUAUUUUUUCGCCUGAUGUUUACUCAAACGGUUGAAAGUUUUAACAAUGUAUUAUCCUUGAUCGAAAUAUCGGACGGAACGUUUGCCCGAUAUGUCAGAGACCACUUAUUAGCGAGAAAACACAAAUGGUCUACAGCUUUUCGACCAUCAGCAACGCUACUUCAACUCAAUAAUACGAACUUUGUUGAGACAAGUCACCGAAUUUUGAAGAUGCAUCAACUGAGUCGAAAAACACCUGUGCUGAGAUCUAUAUUUAGUGUGCUACUUCGCGUUGGAUAUUGGAUGGAAGCAAGAUUACAGAAAUAUACAUCAGAUUGCCGGGUAAAAGCCAACAUCGGCCAAGAGCCAGCAAU